AUGUACUGUGCUUUAUUUUAUGUAUUAUCAGCACUAGGUGGUUGGGAUGCAGAUGGAAAAGGACAAAACAUCUGGGAUAACGUCACUCAUAAAAAUCCAAACUUUAUAAAAGAUGGAACAAAUGCAGAUGUAUCUUCGGACUCUUACCAUCGAUACAAGGAUGACGUUCAACUUUUAAAAGAUCAUGGAGCUCAAUUUUAUAGAUUUUCCAUAGCCUGGCCGAGAAUAAUGCCAAACGGUUUUCGCGACAGUCUUAAUCAAGCAGGAGUACAAUACUACAAAAACCUCAUAGCAGAAUUGAAAAACAACAACAUUGAACCGAUGAUCACAAUUUACCAUAACGAUCUACCUCAAGCACUUCAAGACUUGGGAGGGAUAAAGAUGCCUCAAUUCGCUGACUGGUUCGCUGAGUAUGCUAGAGUGUGUUUUGAAUUAUUCGGAAACGAUGUGAAACACUGGAUGACCAUAAAUGAACCUUAUGUUGCUUGUACAGUAGGAAAAGUAGGAAUGGUAUUAAAUUCAAACUGGUUUGAACCUGAAAGUGAUAAGCCUGAAGAUUUGGAAGCAUCAGAACGAUCGAUGCAAUUUAUAUGGGGAUGGUUAGCUCAUCCGUUGUACAAGGGAGACUACCCAGAAAUAAUGAAGACUCGUGUUGCUAUGAGGAGCAAGUUAGAAGGUUAUAGUCAGUCACGUCUUACAGAACUUAGCCCCGAAGAAAUUGAUUAUAUUAAAGGCACCAACGACUUUUUCUGCGUUAACAGUUACACUACCGCUAUAGUUAGAGGUCAACCUGAGCCACCAAUUGGAAAACCUAGUCAUAAUACCGAUUUAGGUGUGUGUCCGUGGGGAAUCCAAAAGCUACUUAGAUGGAUAGCAAACGAGUAUGGUAACCCUGAAAUGAUUAUAACUGAAAAUGGUUAUGCUGAUGGAACAGGAACUUUAAACGACACCAUAAGAUAUGACUAUAUCAAGGUAAUACAUAGCUCUUUAGACAAAAUAGAUAAAAAAUAA